GGGAAUUAUUGUUUUUGAAAACAAAAGCUACAUUCUGGAGCCAUUAGAAGGUGCUACAAGUGAACACAAGAUCUACCAAGCGCAGAAUUUGAAAAUAGCCCCCGGCUCUUGUGGCCACCAGCUGGACAUCUCUGCCAUGAGAACUGAUGACAGUGACACAUCACACCAUUCUCCAGCUGGCAGGUACAAGAGGGAGACUCUGAAGACAACCAAGUAUGUGGAGCUUGUUAUUGUGGCAGAUAAUCGUGAGUUUCAGAGACAAGGCAAGGAUGUGGAAAAAAUUAAGCAGAGGCUGAUAGAAAUUGCAAACUAUGUUGAUAAGUUCUAUAGGUCACUAAAUAUUCGAGUAGCCCUGGUCGGGGUGGAAGUAUGGAACGACAUGGAUAAGUGCUCUAUUUCUCAAGACCCUUUCACCAGCCUCCAUGAGUUUCUGGACUGGAGAAAGCUAAAACUACUACCUCGUAAACCCCAUGACAAUGCACAGCUAAUAAGCGGGGUGUACUUCCAAGGGACUACCAUUGGCAUGGCGCCCAUAAUGAGUAUGUGCACUGCAGAACAGUCUGGAGGGGUUGUCAUGGAUCACUCAGAAAACCCUCUAGGUGCAGCCGUCACGCUGGCUCAUGAACUGGGACACAAUUUUGGAAUGAAUCAUGAUACCUUGGAGAGGGGCUGCAACUGCAAAGCAUCUACUGAUAAAGGGGGUUGCAUCAUGAACCCCUCAACUGGCUAUCCAUUUCCCAUGGUAUUCAGUAGCUGCAGUAGAAAGGACCUGGAAAACAGCCUGGAAAAAGGAGUGGGAAUGUGCCUCUUUAACUUGCCUGAAGUCAAGGAGUCCUUCGGUGGACAGAAGUGUGGGAAUGGCUACGUGGAAGAUGGAGAGGAGUGUGACUGCGGGGAGCCUGAUGAAUGCACAAACCGGUGCUGCAAUGCAACGACCUGCACCUUGAACGCGGGAGCGGUGUGCGCGCAUGGACUCUGCUGCGAAGACUGCCAGCUAAAACCAGCGGGGAUUUCUUGCCGAGAGUCAAGUAAUUCCUGUGACCUGCCCGAGUUCUGCACAGGAGCCAGCCCGCACUGCCCAGCCAACGUGUACCUGCACGACGGGCACGCGUGCCACAAGGUGGAUGGCUAUUGCUACAACGGCAUAUGCCAGACCCACGAGCAGCAGUGCAUCACCCUCUGGGGCCCAG